UUCGGUUCCAAAACGGUUUGACCCGAACCGACGGGAACGCUAUGGAUAUCUUCCUCAACCAUUCAUUGACAGUCCUCACAGUCGCCCUCUUGCUAGCACUCAUUCAACUUUCAUUCAACUAUCGUCGCCGUCGUCGCUCACCGGCACCCUUCCCACCUGGUCCGAGCUUCCUCUCGGUCAUCAGAAACGUAUUUGAUAUCUUCACACGAGAUCAUCCUCGCUGGAUCACUUUCAACAGCUGGUCAAAGAUUUAUGGGAACAUAUUUCACUUCAACGUCUUCGGAACCAACAUAGUUGUCCUCAACUCUUACAAAGUCAUGGAUGAGCUUCUCAACAAACGAUCACAAAAAUAUUCCGACCGACCUGAUUUUCAUGUGCAAGUGGACAUCAUAGGGUUAGCCACUCUCACCAAUAGAUGACCGACUAUUUGCUCAAAAUGGAGUUCGUUUUAAGCAAUCUUUGGAAUCUGGGUUCUAUGCGGUCUUCUGAAUCUUGGAGAACUCAUCGUAAAAUCCUUUACAAUGCCUUUCAUCCUCGAGUCAUGCCAGAGUACUACGCCGACCUACGGACCGGAUCAAUAUUCUUACUCAGAAACAUCAUCUCCUCUCCAGAAAAUUUUGUGGACCAUGUCAGUCACUACACGGCCACUCUAGCUCUGAAACUGGCUUACGGCUACACCGAACUCGAAACCAACGAUAACCAAUAUCAUGUCCGUUUAGCUCACGAUAUGAAUGAUUCGUUGCAAUCCGUCGUUCCUGGGUCGUUCUUGGUCGAAUAUGUUCCCAUUUUGAGAUAUCUUCCUGGCUGGUUCCCAGGGACGUCGUUCAAAGGAAAGGCUGUGGCAUGGGCCGUGUCCAUAAAUGAGUUGAAGAAUAAACCGUGGAGACGGUUGAAACAAGCCAUAGAUAACGGCACUUCCGUACCCUCGUUUUCGACUCGCAAUCUCGAGAAGUUUAAUGUCGUAAUCACCUCGGGAAGUGAGCAUACUGGCAUGGAAGAAGUGAUCAAGUGUUGUGCCGCAACUAUCUAUGGAGUGGGAUCAGACACGACUACCUCAGCCAUAUUCACUUUCAUUCUGGCGAUGACCCUCUAUAUUGAUGUACAGAAAAGGGCUCAAGAUGAGAUUGACAGAGUUGUUGGUACCUCCCGACUCCCGGAUUUUAGCGAUCGGGAUAGUCUGCCUUUUGUAAAUGCCGUUUUCUCAGAGGUUUUGCGAUGGAAUCCUGUAACACCACUCGGGGUUUCUCAUCGUGCCAGAGAGGACGAUGAGUAUGAAGGGUAUUCCAUACCUCGAAAUACAACAGUUGUACCCAAUAUCUGGGCGGCUUUACACGACGAAUCUCUUUAUGGACCCAACACUAUGGACUUUGAUCCCGACCGUUUUCUCAAACACGACGUCGGCAAGCCUCUUCCACCAGAUCCCGGGAAUAUAGCGUUUGGAUUCGGUAGAAGGAUUUGCCCGGGAAGACACUUGGCUGAAAGUUCACUGUGGAUAACCAUGACCUACCUGCUGGCAACCUUCAACGUCGCAAAAGAAGUUGAUUCUCAAGGGCAGGAGGUAGAGCCAGAUGUCCGGUAUAGCGAGGGACUUGGCAGCGGCCCCUUUCCAUACAAAUGCCGGUUCAUCCCAAGGUCCUCGGCGGCUGUGAAACUUGUAGCAAAUUGAGCCACGGGAGGAUGGGAGCAGAGGGUGUAUUUCGCACAAAACGCAUGUUGUCUUAUUACUUUCGUCUCCGAAGAACUACAAAAAUCAAUGCACGGAUGUUAAUAACCAAGAA